GUGCCCUUUGGAUGGACAUUGCCUAGUGGUUCCAGGAUCCAGCACACCUAUUUCUGUGUUUUACCCAGAAUCUGCAUCCACUUCAGUUUGGUGACUUAAACUGGUGCUGCGAAGUUACCAGUGUAUCACAAACCUCAUCUUCUCAUCAUGGCUCUGCAGAUCCUGGCCACUGUACUAGAAAAGGUCACAGCUAAUGGUACAGAUGAAACGCAUAUACAUCAAGGCACACAGGAGCACUGGAUGUGUAACAGCUCAAAUGGAGAAAUGGGGAUAUCCUUCAUUACUAAUGCACGCAACAAUACCAGCAGCCUGGUAGGAUUGCAGGUCAACAUGACCAUCACCAGUGGAUCUCCCGCUGGUGAAAGAGGAUCUGUGGGUCUGGACAUUAUAUUCCUGGAGAUCUUAAUCAUAAUAAUGUGCAUAGGAGCUGUAGCAGGGAACAUAUUGGUCAUUAUCGUCAUUACCGCUACUAAAGGUUAUCAUUCCAUGACUUCUCUUUUUAUCAUCAAUUUAGCAAUAAGUGACUGCCUAGUAGGACUGGGUGUAAUGCCCUUUGUAGCUUUGUCCCUUCUCUAUGAAGACUGGAGCAAGAUAAAUGAACUUUGCUUGUUUGUGGGUUAUGUCUCAUCUGUGUACUGCACUGCAUCAAUACUAAGUGUGGUGGCAGUGUCCUUGGAUCGCUACUGGGCAAUAGUGGACUGUAUGAAAUAUGAAACGCCAUGGUCCACUCAGCGCUCAUUGUGUAUUAUCACGUGGAUCUGGGUUCAAGCUGCAAUUACCUGUUGCCCUCCCUUAUUAGGAUGGAGUCAGCUGGUGUAUGUUCCUUCAAAGUACACAUGUACCAUAGACUGGGCUACCAGUACUAGCUAUACCAUGUUUUUUUCUACCAUUUCAUUUUUCAUUCCCACAACUAUAUUUAUUUACUGUUAUAUCAGGAUAGUCAUUAUAGCCAUAGUGCAUGCAAAACAAAUCAGGAUUUUACAAAACCAGCUGCAAAGAAAUUCACCCAGAAAGAAAACUUCUGAAGUGGAGAAGCCAACAUGCUCACAGCUUAUUUAUAUUGUCAACUGCAAACUUCUAACAGAUGCACAUUCAUGUGACAACCAGAGUGUGUGUAGCUUUAAUCCGGAUUUGCUAAAUCCAAAACACAUAAAGAAAGACUUGUUUUCAGAAAAUGAUUUCUAUGGAAGGGAUCGUUGUGGGCGCCUUCGACUUAUAUUUAUGGUAGCUGUGUUCCUAUGUUGUUGGGUUCCUUAUGUGAUUAUAAAUAUGAUUCAGGCCAUAGAAACCAUAACCUUGCAGCAGCCCACUGCCAUUUCCUCACCUGUACUUACUACUGCCUACUGGCUUACAUUACUGAAUUCUGAUUUUAACCCAUUGUUAUAUGCUUUACUGAGCAGACGAUUUCAGAAAGCUUUAAAGGUUCUAUUGAGGAAAGUUUGCAAGAAAGAUUCAUUAUCAGAUGUCCCUCAUUCCUUGCAGCGUAGAAGGACAAGCUCUAACGUCACAGGAAUCUCCAAUAUUCACUACACCAGUGACCAACAGAGUCAAGGAGAAAACUCAUGUGCCUCUGCCAGUCCUGUUCCAAGCCGACAUAGUAGCCAACAGGAAGAAGAUUAUAUUCCUGGGCAGUUUCCAAAUCCCCCUAGUGAACUAAAUUCCUCAAAUCAAGAAAUACAACCUGAAACAGAGAACAGUUGCGUCCUUUUGAACCCAAGGAAUCUGCAACACCAAUUUUUACAAGUCCCUACUACUACAUCAUACCAAAUCAGACUACCCACAACUCCUAGUGGCAAGAGAUCAACUCUGGUUUGUGGAAAUAUCACUAUUAAAGUCAGCUAUGAGGAUCAUUGACUGUUUUAAUACAAUAAAGCCAAGAAUAAAC